GUCCGGUAAAAAAUUGGAAAGGUAUUAAUAAUGAUCUUUUCUGUAAAUAAAAUCUUUGUGUAAUUUAGAUUGAUAACUUAACCAAUCUGUUUACACGACUUCCUUUUCCGGUUGGUUGUUGUAAGAAAGCCUAGACAACCACCAUGUCUCCCAGGCGAAACAACGUUAUCCCUAACGGGCACUUUCACAAAGACUGGCAGAUUCGAGUGAAAUGCUGGUUCAACCAGCCAAUGAGAAAGAAGAGGAGGAUGGCAAAGAGAGUCCAAAAGGCUAGAAAGAUUGCCCCUCGCCCAAUGGCUGGUCCCCUUAGACCAAUUGUCCGAUGCCCGACAUUUAAGUACAACACCAAGGUCAGGGCAGGACGUGGAUUCACUCUCCAGGAACUGAAGGCAGCUGGCAUUUUCAAGCGACAAGCCCUGUGCAUUGGUGUAGCUGUGGACUAUCGCCGUAGGAACCACUCCAUGGAGUCCCUGCAGCAGAAUGUUCAGAGGCUCAAGGAAUACAAGUCUAAACUCAUCCUCUUCCCCAAGAAACAGAGCAAGCCUAAUAAGGGUGAUGCUACAGAGGAGGAGAUCAAGAUGGCCACACAGCUGAGCGGUCCCCUGAUGCCCAUCACACAGCGGGUUGUGCGUGAGAAGGCCCGCGUCAUCACCGACGACGAGAAAAGAUUCGAUCCCUACUUCUCCCUACGACAGGCUCGCGCAAAUAAACGAUUACAAGGUUUCAGAGCGAAGAAGGCCAAGCAGGCUGCCGCAGACGGUGUGGGAGGUGGUGAGAAGGGGAAGAAGAAAGAUAAAGAAUAGACAUGGUGUUCCUUGUACAGCCAGAAAUAAAGAGAAAAACAGUCA